UAAAAAAUAAAAAAUUUCAAAAGUGUGACCAUAUCUGCAAUUCGUUUGAGUCAUUCUUUAUGUAUACAGUACAGAAAAUUAGGAAUAAAGCUCUGGCUGUGAAACCAAAAGGUAGUAGGGGGAUCAGCUACAUACUCAGAGUAAGGAAAACGUGAGGUAUGGGCAACGGCAGUGGCGUCAUCGCAUUCAUUGGCAUCUUAGUAAUCAUCGCGUUUAAGUCAUGAUAGUGAGUUUAAGAAUAUGUGUAUAAUAUAACUUACACAAGAUUUCAGCAAUAUUAGUGGUAUUGGUUUUUUCGUGAUAAUCUUACAUUCCAUUAUUAUUAAGAUUCAAAUUGAGGCUGAAGUCUAAUCCGAAUGUGUUUAAAAGCAGACAAUAUAAGUGAAAUGUAUGUGAUACUAUUUCAUAGUUCUAUGAUCAUUUGAUUCUUCAAGAAUAUUUAUAAAAUAAACGCGUAUAAGCUAAUAAGUUUAUAAAUGUUUUCUAAAUUAUUUUUAUGAUAAUUUAAAAUGUUUAUAAAUAUUGAACGUGAAAUAAUAGUGUAGUAAAAUAGCUAUAAAUUUGAUUAGAAAACAAUAUUUCUAUAUUUUUCCAAUAUACACUUAAUUAUUGAGAAAAUAUUUAUUCUCAACGAAAAAAAUGUUAUACUCGCGAUGGUUAACUAUUUAUCCUACUAAGCAAAGACUUAACGAUUUUGGCUUCAUUGUUGUCGGUACCCUCACUCUUCUUGUCUUACUCAGCAACAGAACUUUAGGCAAUGAAAUUCAAAUACGACAACUACAUUUACGACAUGAAGAUGGAACGACAUAUUCAAAACCAUUCAGUUUUAAUAAUCAUGUAGUAAUGACUAAUCGUUAUAAUGAUGACAAUCACAAUCAUAAACCUGUAUUUUCGGAUUGUCCAAAAUAUGCACCUACUGUAAAAGAAGAUGAACCAUCAGGAACUAUAGUGAUCACUGUACGUGCUGAAGACCGUGAUCCACUUGAUGAAGGAGGUACCAUCUCCUAUAGUUUUGUUACUGCCCCUGGAGAAAAACUCAAAUUCGAAAUCAAUAAUGUGACUGGAUUGAUAAAAACUACACAAGUGUUAGAUCGAGAUGAACCAGCUCGUGAGAAAGAAGCGUAUUUGACAGUGCUGGCAACUGAUAACGGUCGACCUCAACUUGAUGAUGUCUGUACGUUUAAAGUGACCAUUGAAGAUGUCAAUGACAAUUCACCAGUCUUUGAUAAAGUGGUUUACACUGAAUCAGUUCCUCAGGAUCUUCCUGUAAAGCAUGAAGUUAUGAGAGUAUCAGCAACAGAUAUUGAUGAUGGAAAUAAUUCAGUUGUACAAUAUAGUUUAUCUUCGAUACGUCCAGAAGAUGCUAAUUAUUUUAAAAUCGAUGAAAAAACUGGGGUUAUCAACCUUAAUCAAAGAAUUGACCGGGAGCCAGAAUACAAAUUUCGUCUGAUUGCGAGAGCUCAAGAUCUUGGCAAACCUGAGCCAAAAGCUAGUGAAAUUGAAUUGGAAAUUCGAGUUAUUGAAUCGAAUAAAAAAUCUCCAACGUUUUUGCCGUUAAAAUCAUUCGAACCAAUUGAAAUAAAAGAAAACUUUAGUGAUUUCGACGCGACAAUUAUUAGACUUGAAGCAAUAUCUAACAUUGAUGAUAACCCCGAUUUAUUAUUUGAGCUUGUUACUGGUGGGACAGAACAAACGAAUAAAGGAAAUACCUUUAGGCUAGAAUCAGAAAAGAAUACAGCUGAUAUUAAAUUAUCACAACAUUUAGAUUAUGAAAGUAUCACCGAAUAUACUCUUAUCGUUCGUGUUCAAAAUAAAUAUAAUUUGGCUGCCGAAACAAUAGUUAAUAUUCGAGUAUUAGAUGUGAACGAUAACAUACCGGUAUUUCGAGAAAUGAAGAAAGGUAGUGUAUUGGAAAAUGAACCGCCAGGAGUUCCAGUAAUGCAAGUUCGUGCGAUUGAUGCUGAUGGCACUUUAGCACAUAAUCAAGUUACGUAUGAGUUAGAUAAUUUUAAAGAUUUAUUUACUAUUGAUAAAUAUACUGGUAAUAUUACUACAUUAACUAUUUUUGACCGAGAAGCUGAAGAUACGUAUAAUGUGAAAGUCAUUGCAAUAGACAGCUCUCCUAGUGCUUUGUUUAAAACAGGAGAACACAAUAAAGGGCAACAAGACUUUCGUAUUGAAAUAGCCGAUAAAAAUGAUAAUCCACCACAUUUUAAUAGAUCAGUUUAUACUGCCAACUCAAUACUUGAAAAUGCUAACAUUAAUGCACUUGUUACUGAAGUUAAAGCCCAUGACAUGGAUACUGCUAGCCCUGUAACGUAUAGCAUUAUUUCAGGCAACACCGAUGAUAGCUUCUAUAUUGAAGGCACGACGGGAAAAAUUCGUAUUAAAAGGCCUUUAGAUUAUGAAAAAAUAACUGAAUAUAAUUUAACUGUUCGAGCUUUUGAUGGAGUCUAUGAUGAUAACGCAACAGUGAAAAUUUUUAUAGAGAACGUUAACGAUAAUCCACCCGUUUUUGAAGACUUCGACAAAAAUCCAACUAUAGAAGAAGAAAAAUUAAUAAAUGGAUGUAUAACAACUGUUGAGGCAUAUGAUCCAGACGUUAAAGAUAGAAGUGCUGAUCAACAUAUUGCAUAUUUUAUUGUAAAAGAAGAUCAACAACCACUCAUUAACAUUGAUAAAACAGGAUGCAUUACACUGAAAAAACCCCUUGAUAGAGAUCCUCCUAAUGGCUAUCCAAUGUGGACAGUGAUUGUUAUGGCUAGAGAUGACGAUGGAUCCCCAACUGCAUUACGUGAAUUGGUUAUGGUCAAUAUAACAUUGAUUGACAUUAACGAUAAUGCGCCAUUUUUAGAUAUGAUUCAACCCGUUGUUUGGCAAGAAGGAUUACGGCCCGGUAAUAUAACAAAACUUAAAGCACGAGAUUGGGACUCAGAUGAAAAUGGACCACCAUUUAAAUUCAGUAUCGAUGAAAAUUCGGCUGACGAUAUUAUCUUGAGUAGAUUUUCAAUAAGAGGCGAUGAUCUUCGUGCAGAAGUUACAUUUGAUCGUGAAGAAUAUAAACAAUAUGAAAUUCCAAUAUUAAUAACAGAUAACGGUAAAAAUAAAGUAAUGACAGGAACUUCAACACUUACUAUUAUAAUUGGUGAUAUAAACGAUAACGAAAUGAAAGAUGGCUCCAGUUCUAUAUUUGUAUACAAUUAUCAAGGAACAGCACCUGAUACAGAAAUCGGAAGAGUUUAUGUUGACGAUCUCGAUGAUUGGGACUUACAGGAUAAACAUUUUUCAUGGUUAGAUAAUGAUAAUAAUGAUAAUAUACAUAAUUUUACCACUGUGAACAAUGGAGUUAUUUCAUAUACAAGAUUCUCACUCAAUUUAGAUAAUGGAAUGAUAACUAUGCUUUCUGGUCAAUGGAAUGAUGCUUCAUAUUUACUUCGAUUCAAGGUAACGGAAGAAUCUAAAGCUAUUAAACGUCACAGUGUAAAUGCUUAUGUGAAUGUCACCGUAAAAAAUAUACCCGAAGAAGCAGUUAUGAAGUCUGGGUCGGUACGUUUUCAUGGAAUAAGUGCUGAAGAAUUCAUUGCACCAAACCGUAAAAAUGCAAGCAUAAGUAAAAAAGACAUGUUUCACGAACGAUUAUCAUCGAUUCUUAAUUUAACUAUAGAAAAUAUUGAUGUCUUUACUGUUUUACACUCGCCACAUUACAAUAAUAAAAGUUUACUAGAUGUUAGAUUUUCUGCACAUGGAAGUCCAUAUUAUGCAGCUGAAAGAUUAAAUUCCAUAGUUGCCAUAUAUUCAAAAGAGAUAGAACACGAUUUAAACGUCAGUAUAUCAUUAAUAAAUAUUGAUGAAUGUGUUUAUGAGAGACGAUUUUGUAAUAAUUCUUGUCGAAGCUAUUUAAAUGUAACACCGAAACCUUACUCUGUUUACACAAAUAUUACAUCAUUCGUUGGUGUAAGAGCAGUUGUUGACCCACAGUGCACUUGUCAUGUUGCUGAACCAAUAACGUGCCUUAACGGUGGAACGCCAUUAAUUACUGAAACGGGUGAAGGAGAUCGAUGUGAAUGCCCUCCUGGUUUAGAUGGUCCACGAUGUGAAUUAUUGGAUAUAGGGUUUCAAGGUGAUGGUUGGGCAAUUUUAAAAUCGGUCAAUCAAGCAUGUGAUGAUUCUCAUCUUGGUUUAGAGUUAAAAUCUUAUUUAGACAAUGGAUUAGUAUUUUACAUUGGGCCUAUGAGUUAUGGAAACAAUAAUGAAUCAAACUUUCAGGAUUUUAUGUCACUUGAAAUUCAACAUGGAUACGCUGUUUUAUAUGUUGAUUAUGGGUCUGGAACUGUAAAACUUGACCAAAAACAAACAAAAUUAAACGAUGGUAAAGAGCAUCGAAUUGAUAUCUAUUGGACAAAAACUACUAUUGAAAUGAAAGUUGAUAACUGUGGUAAGUCAGCAUGUAUGAGUUUAGUUGGACCAAUUGGGCCUAAUGAAUUUUUAAAUGUCAAUAGCCCAUUACAAAUUGGUGGUACAAUGCUGAAAGACUUUAAUGAUUUAUAUCAUUAUUUUAGUUGGAAUUACAAACCUAUUAAUAGAGGUUUUGUUGGAUGUAUUCGAAAUUUAACAAUAAAUGGAAAUACUUAUGAUUUUAGAACUUUAGCGUUAAGUAAAAAUGCUUAUCCAGCAUGCAGUCACAGUAUGUCAAAAGCCGUUUCGUUUGGAAUUGAUACCAAUUUUCUUGUUGCUAUCCUAGUGUGCGUAGCAAUAUUAUUAAUUCUUCUUCUAGCUGUUGUUGUUCAUCGACGGAAGCGAGAUGAUCUAUAUAAAGAUAUGGAUGAUAUAAGGGAAAAUAUAAUUAAUUACGAAGAUGAAGGAGGUGGUGAAGUUGAUACUGGAUACGAUUUAAAUGUUUUAAGACAUAUAUAUGACAAUACGCCUACAACAGGAUUUGAUUCAAAAGUUGGUUCAUCUAUAAAUCCAAAUAAUAAUAGUAAAAUUUCUGAAGAAAUGGCAGUUCCGGAUAUUUGUGGAUUUCUUGAUAAUAAAAAACAAAAUUGUGAUAAAGAUCCUGACACUACACCGUAUGAUGAUGUUCGUCAUUAUGCAUAUGAAGGUGAAGGCAAUUCUGAUGGUUCUUUAUCAUCAUUGGCAUCAUGCACUGAUGAUGGUGACUUAAAAUUCAAUUAUUUAUCUAAUUUUGGUCCAAGAUUCCGGAAAUUGGCAGAUAUGUAUGGAGAAGAAUCAAGUAAUGACGAAGAUGAUGAUAAUAAUGAUAGUCAUGAUGAUGAUCUCCGUCAUCAUCAUUAUCAAAGUCGAGAUAAUAAUAAUGAUGUCCAAGAUGAUAAUAAUGACAAAGAAACUGAAAAUGAUGGUGUAGAUAAUAAUAUGAGUGAUGGUAAUAUUAAUCGUCAUCGUCGUCAUCGGUCUUAUCGACAUUCUCAACGUGAAGAUAGAGAAAGUGAAAGUUGGUGUUAAUUCAAAUUACAUUGGAAACAAAUGAAUGCUUUUUUUAACCAAUUUACUCGUUUUAUUUAAUUUAAGUGAAUAUAGGUUUCUUUGAAGGAUUAAAAGUAUAUUUAUAGAUGAAUAUUAAUCAUUUCGGCUACAUAAUAAUGAUGUAAACAGUUGUGCAUGUACUUAAAACUCAUACUUACUUUUUCAUUAUACUUGAUUUUUUUUGCUUUUCAGUUAAUCGUAAUAAUGAUUUUGUUGAAAAAGUAAAUUACAAUAUAAUCAUUUCAAUUUUAUUUUUUUGGCUCAGACAAUUUUUUUUGUAUUAUUUAUUUUUUCGCCAAACGCACCAAAGAUUCAUUUGUGUGCAUGCGCAAAUAUAAAAUUUGAUUGGAAAAUUAGAAAAAUUAUUGUUAUAAUGAUUACAGUACAUAAUUUUCAUAAUAGUAGUAUUAUUACUAUGUUUCUCUUAACUGAUAGUAAGCAUUUUGAUAACUGGAAUUAUUUUAGUAAUCAUAUUAUGAACAUAAAUUUACUUUUUAUAAAGUUUAUAUAAAAAAAUUGUUUUGAAUUUUCACUAAAUACAUACCAAAUUUUAUAGGAAAUUAUACUUUUUAUUGAUACUAUUACUGAAUUUACUUUUAGAAGACUGAAUUUAAAGUUACUUUCCACAUCAAAUUUUGUUCUUUUUUUUUUUUUCUUCUUUCUUACAAAUAGGACAUAUUAAUAUUGUUUAUAAAACUUUUUUUACUAUUUUAUACAUAAUUUUUUAUUAUAAAUAUUUUAUAGGAAAUUUGAAAGCAUCGAUACAUGUGUAAAAUUUACUUAGGUACAAGUAUGUAAGUAAAUUUUUAAUUUAAGGUAUUAUUGUUAUUGGGUACUGAAACAAAUGUAUUUUUAAACAGAUAUUUCGUAAUUGAUCCAUAAAAAUGAAGCUCGAUGAAUGCAUGCAUUACUGGAAAAUAAAAUGAAAGUUUUUUUUAUAAAUAAGUAGAAUGACGAAUAUGGCUCAUAGAUAGAAAAAUAAUUAAUUUUAGCUUCUAUUGUGAAAAUACUUUUAAUAACAAAAUAUUUUUGUAGGAAUCAUGUAUAUAAUAAUUCUUUAAAUAAAUAUAACUAUUAAAUAAAUUUCAACAUCAGUGGUAAUUGUAUUUCUCAAAUUAAUUUUCAAUAUAAUGUUGUGAUAAAAAUAGUCAAUCUUAAAAGAAACCUAUUACAUGCACAUGGGAGUAUUGACAAUAGCUAAUUGAUGUCUACACGUAUAAAAAUCUUUGUCUAGUUUAUUCUAAAUAGUAAGUCAGCAUAUGAGAUUCAAUUAUCUAUAUUUCUUGUAUAUGUGCGAAUUUGAAGUUUCAAAAAUAUAAAUUAUUAGACAUCAUUAGAAGAAAUAAGAUUAUUUAACGAAAAUAUAAUUUGUGAAAAAUUACUAAGAAAAAACCUUAAACUUUAAUAAUGUAAGUUAAUUCUAUUUUUUUGAGUUAGAAUCCAAAAUCUGAUUUAUAAAAAAAAUAUUAUAGGCUAAAAAGAAAAAAUUUAAUGAAUUAUACCAUGUUAUUGGCAAUAUUCAUGUUGCAAUUGAUUUUAUUACCAUUAUUCUUUAAAAAUACGGUCAAUGCACAAUUAAACUUCUCUACUGGUUGGGGAAAAAGAACUUUCGUAAUGAAAAAUAAUCAAACAUUGUGGUUUUUCCUACCACAAAGCAAUUGCAGUGACAAAUACAUGAAGAAUAAAAUAUUUAUCAUUGUAAAAACUAUAUUAGAAUCAUGUAAUUUAAUGAAGGUAAAUAGAAUAGAAACAUUUAUUUAUAAAAAAUUAAAAAUUAUUCACUAUAUGAAGAAUACAUAUUUUUAUAUUUUACAGAUUCAUUAAACCUUCAAUUCAACGUAGAAAUAAGUUUUAAAAAUUAAGUCAUAUCAA